AAGUCCACAUUUCUCAUCAUUUGGCCACACCGAUUAUGGCCCUGGUCGAAUAUAUUAUGAGUAUGACAUUUUUAGUUGAUUUUACUCUCCCCGUCAAAUGGCCAUAAGAGUAAGAGAACUUUACCCAGGCCCAAAGUGAGGAUGACAAUGGAGGAGGUCCGACAUAUCUGGGAAAGACUACCCCUGUAAAUUUAUUGAGAUUCUUGAUCCGGACAUCAACACGUGUCCCUUUGAGCAGCAGGCUGAUGCCUUUUUCACCUGGAGCCUCCGGUCAUCAAGAUGAUAAGUAUGAUUAAAAAUUCCUUCUUAGAGUGCCCACAGAUGGAAAGAUUGAAAAUGAAAACAAAAUUAAAUAAGUUUAAUUUAAAGCCAAAAAUAAUUUUUUAAAUAUUUAUUUAUCGACUAUUACAAUAAUUAAUUAACAGAUAUAAACAUAAGUAGAUUAUUGAUUGAAUUUAAUAAAUAAUUUUAACGUAUAAAUAUUUACUAAGUAAAUACAACGUGUUAGUUGGCAACAAGCGAUAGUAAUGGGGCAGAUGGAUGAAAUUGGAAGCGAUAUAAAUACAAAUGGUGAUAGAAUCAAUAAUAAUGAAAAAGAUAAAUUACCAUGGCAGAAAAUUACAAGCAUUGCUGAUAUCCAGAAGCAAAGUAGAAACUGGUCAUUAGCCGGAGAUGCUGGGCUUCUCUGCUAUCUUCAAGAUUUUUCUCAGCAAUUAAUUUCUAAAACCCAUGAAAUGGAAAAGACUGUUGAUCAACUUAUCCAUGAAACGAAGGUCAGUUUUUGAAAAACAAUAGUUAUUUUUAAUUUUAGUAUACACUACUAUGCAUAUGUAGCUAGAACUAUUUCUAAGAUUAACAGCACCAAACCUUUCUCACUAAUUUC